AUGGCCCUGCCCAUGUAUUCUGCCUGUAUCUCGAAAUUCGCCAUCGACACUGGCAACCUGCAAGGCAAUAUUGUGUCACGAGACUUCGUGGAAAAAGUUCCCGACUUGCCUUCGUCAAGUUUUGAAAAGCUGACUAAAGAAGAAGAGAGUCGAGGUACCGGCAUAACAGGAGAGUCACACAUACCGCUAGGUGCCAUUCAGUUAACUUGGUACCACAAGAACAGCACUCGCGUGUUCCGCGAUAUGCAGUUCUUUAGUCUCGCCAGCCCGCAUUGCGAUCUAAUCAUCGGCGCUUGGUCAAUUCAGAAGGAAAAGAUCCUCGACAUUCCAUGCCUGGCAGUGAAGAGACCUAGUAUUAUAAUCUUGCCGAACUGGCCUCGCCAUAAAGAUGAACCGGAUCUAGAUGAGCUGAACCACAUCGACGGCAAUAUCAAGACGUGUGAGAGGAGAGCAGAAACAACAGGGACGAAUGUGACCCUGGGACAGCAAAGUGGAAUGCUCGAGACAAAAUAUACGAAAUAAAGUCAAAUGAAGUCGACGUUGUCGGAUGGCUCAUUCAAGUCUGCGACAUUGCCAUUGCUCUCAAAAAGAGACAGUACCUUAAUACUUCCGAG